AGCAACUUGACGUGGUGCUGGGGCUGAAGCAGUCGCAGCUCCAGCCCCGGCUCCUCACUGUGUUGCUUUCUCUCUGCCCGUUUCGGCUCACUCCAACAACAACAAAAUAGCUAAGAGCAGCAGCGAGUCGCUGCUGUGGAGCAGGGCUGAAGGAUGUCCGACAGUGUGUACGCGAUGGAAGGCGAGGAGAACACCAUCCGCUUCGCCCGCAAAGGUGCCUUGAGGCAGAAAAACGUUCACGAAGUGAAGGACCACAAAUUCAUCGCCCGCUUCUUCAAGCAACCCACAUUCUGCAGCCACUGCACUGACUUUAUCUGGGGAUUCGGAAAGCAGGGAUUCCAGUGUCAAGUUUGCUCCUUUGUUGUCCACAAACGAUGCCAUGAGUUUGUCACCUUCUCCUGCCCAGGUGCAGAUACAGGACCUGCCUCUGAGGAUCCCCGGAACAAACAUGGCUUUCGGGUUCACACCUAUUCCAGCCCAACAUUCUGUGACCACUGUGGCUCCCUGCUCUACGGCCUCAUUCACCAGGGCAUGAAAUGUGACUCCUGUAUGAUGAACGUGCAUAAGCGAUGUGUAUCAAAUGUACCCAGCAUGUGUGGAAUGGAUCACACUGAACGAAGGGGCCGUAUCUUCAUUAAGGCUGAGAUAAUUAAAGAUCUACUCACUGUCUUAGUGAAGGAGGCGAGGAACCUGGUCCCAAUGGAUCCCAAUGGUCUGUCAGAUCCAUAUGUGAAGCUGAAACUGAUUCCUGACCCUAAAAGUGAGAGCAAGCAGAAAACCAAGACCAUCAAAUGCUCCCUGAAUCCAAUCUGGAAUGAGACUUUCACAUUCAAUCUGAAGGAUUCCGAUAAGGAUCGACGGCUUUCUAUUGGAAUAUGGGACUGGGAUCUAACCACAAGGAAUGAUUUCAUGGGAUCCCUGUCUUUUGGAAUCUCAGAGCUGCAGAAGGCUGGGGUCAAUGGGUGGUACAAGUUGCUGAGCCAGGAGGAAGGUGAAUAUUACAAUGUGCCAGUGCCACCUGAAGAGGACACUGAAGGAAACGAGGAGCUGAGGCAGAAGUUUGAGAGAGCCAGGAUUGGGCCGGGCUGUAAAGCAGCUGAGGAGAAGAGAUCCAGCUCUUGGUCCAAAAUUGACAACAAUGGGAAUCGGGAUCGGAUGAAGCUGACUGACUUCAACUUCUUGAUGGUGCUGGGGAAGGGCAGCUUUGGAAAGGUGAUGCUGGCUGAAAGGAAGGGCACUGAUGAGCUGUACGCCAUCAAAAUCCUGAAGAAGGACGUGGUGAUCCAGGAUGACGAUGUGGAGUGCACCAUGGUGGAGAAGAGAGUCCUGGCUGCUCCCGGAAAACCCCAGUUUCUGACCCAACUCCACUCAUGCUUCCAGACAAUGGAACGUUUAUACUUUGUCAUGGAAUAUGUUAAUGGAGGUGAUCUCAUGUACCAGAUCCAGCAGGUUGGCAGAUUCAAAGAACCCCACGCUGUAUUCUAUGCAGCUGAAAUUGCUGUUGGUCUAUUUUUCCUGCACAGUCAUGGCAUCGUUUACAGAGACCUGAAGUUGGAUAAUGUGAUGCUGGAUUCAGAAGGGCAUAUAAAAAUAGCUGACUUUGGCAUGUGCAAGGAGAAUAUGUGGGAAGGGGUAACAACCAAAACUUUCUGUGGUACACCCGACUACAUUGCACCUGAGAUAAUUGCCUACCAGCCAUAUGGAAAAUCUGUGGAUUGGUGGGCGUACGGAGUGUUACUGUACGAAAUGCUUGCUGGACAGCCUCCCUUUGAUGGUGAAGAUGAAGAUGAGCUUUUCCAAUCUAUCAUGGAGCAUAAUGUAACUUACCCAAAAUCAAUGUCCAAAGAAGCUGUCUCCAUUUGUAAAGGACUUUUAACGAAGCAUCCAGCCAAACGCCUGGGAUGUGGGCCUGAGGGCGAGCGAGACAUCAAGGAACAUGCAUUUUUCCGAUGGAUUGAUUGGGAAAAGUUGGAACGCAUGGAGAUUCAGCCUCCGUUCAAACCAAAGGCAUGCGGGCGCAACGCCGAGAACUUCGACCGAUUUUUCACCCGUCAUCCGCCAGUCUUAACUCCACCUGACCAAGAGGUCAUCAUGAAUAUUGACCAGGCAGAAUUCGAGGGGUUCUCCUUUAUUAACACGGAGUUUGUCAAACCUGAGAUUACAUGUUAAACAGUGCCUGGGGGAGGAAUGGGGAGGAAAGGAG